GUGGGAUCAGUGGUAAAAGUGAAGAAGAUGAGAGACGUAGUAAAGAAACAUGAAUGGGUAACGCAGAACCGUUACAGGAUAACAGGUACUGAAAACCAAGACUGAAAAAGUAAGGAUUCAUCCAUUCAAGAUGUUUUUGGGAACACCUCCUGAGAGUAGUUCAACCUCCCCUGUCCAAGAAGACAUUCCAGACCCUAGAAGUUCGGAUUCUGGAUCAGAUCACACUUUAUCUUUUCUUUCACAUAACAUGCUUCCCUGCUGGGCAACUCAGGCUCAGAAUGACCUCAUCCAGGCAGUGGAAGAUUUACGUCAGAUACAGGUUCGUCAUGCCAGUGAGAUUGAAACAGUUAACCGGGGUGUAGAACGGGCGAUUCUUGGAGUGCGUAGGGAGGAGAAGCGCCUGUUGGAGAGAGUCGAGCAGGACCAUCGGGACACUCAGCAGCGUUUGGAGCAAAUCCAGAGGGAAAAUAUAGCAGCCGCAAGGGUCAGCCAGUCUCUUUUAGAGCAAAGGCUUGAUAAUCUGGUUCAGUUUCAACAACGACUCCAAACAGAAGGUCAGUCUGUUCAAUCUGAAAAUGGACCAAUUCAAAACCCCUUACUAAAAGAGAUUUUAGAGUUUCUACAACCCUGGGACAUCUCUGUUUCACUUAAGAGAGUGAACUUCAAACCAAGUUCCCAACCUAACGCAGUAACCUUUGGAGACAUUCAAGUGCAGCAGCAAGAUAUGUGUCUGAAUGUUGGAGGCUGUGGGCCAGAUGGGAAGCUGUGUGCUCUACAUUCACAGGAGAUCCAUUGUGAAGACACUCAUCAUCAAAUUCAUAUAGGAGAAAAAAACAUGCAAGGUCAGGGUUGGACAUCACCAACAGGCAGGGUGAUCAGAAGGAUUAACCUCUCAAACUGUAGUGAUCUGCAAACAGAGGAACAAAAGCUCUCUUCUGCAAAAAUACACCAAUGGCUUCCUAAGUGUGAACAGUUUGAAUGGGAAACAUCCCAAGUUGAUGAUAUGAGUACAAGUUCUCUGGCUGUCUCUUCUGCUCUUGAAAAUAAGGACAUCAAAGUAAAGAGCACAGUACACAGUAUGACCAUUGAUGGCGAUUAUUUCUCACCCAGUAAUCACAAAAAGAUGACUUCUUUGGCUGCCAGCAGAAAACCAUCCCCUUCCCCUGAAAGAAAAUGCGAGUCUGCUAAGGUGACUGGAUACUCAAGUCAACGUAACAUAGGUGGAGAUAAAGGAAAAGGGAGUCAUGACUCUAGUUGUAGACCUUGGCAUCAUGGUAGCUGUACACUUUCAUCUCAGAAGAUGACUUUUGUCAGUCAAAGCUGUCUAGAUAUUACUUCCAAAGCAAGAACUUACUCUCGUCAAAGCCAGUCUUCUGAUGAACACUCUCAGGGGACGCUUGGUGACUCUGGUCGUGCACCAUCUCCAGCAGAUAGCCUUGACUCCAGCUAUACCUUUAUUGUUAGCCCAUCAAAUGACUUCAGUUUGAGCAAAGGCUCUUUGAAUAAAAGUUUUCAUCUUUCCAAAUCAGCAGUAGACCUAACACAUAAGACAAGGCCAUGGAUUAGUACCAGUGCAAAUAAGCAACGGUUGUCCAGAGUUAAGAGUGGCAACUAUAACAACACUCUAAGCAGAGGAUUCAGAGUCUUUGAAAGGGGUCAGAUCCCUCAAUAUCCUAACUCUGCAGAACACGACAUACUGCCACAGUCAAAGCAAACUCCCACAACAACUACAUUACAACAAGUCCCUGUUGUUAGGUCAUUGUCCAUGUCAUUCAUAGAUGGGUCCUGUCAAGAGCAAAAGAGAAUUAGAGGGGAAGGUGAAGAGCAUGCCCUCAUGGAGUUGGAAGAGGAGGUUGAUCCAUCAUUAACAGCUCUCAAGGCAAGUGGUGCUCAUCUCAUGGGGCAGUUUGGGAGACAGGGUUCUGGCCGAUCUGACCUUACACUACCAAGUGGUAUCCACGCCACACCACAUGGGCAACUGUUUGUAGUUGACUGUGGAAAUGCACGUGUCCAGGUUUGUAUUCUUUCUAACAUCUAAAGCCUACAUAUAUCUUCUUUUUUAGAUUAAACUAACUUAAAUUUCUAAAUAGGUGAC